GGAAUCUUUCCUGGGGAUCUGGAAUCUUCUGAUUUGUGGGGUCAGACCCAGAGGACAGGUUGCCAGGUUUGCCCCCAAGAAGCAGAUCAAGUUUCCCUGGGGAGGGAAAAAUCCUCUGGAGGUGGUUAGCCACCUCCCCACCCCAAAGGGCCCUGAGUGUGCGCGUGUAUGUGUUCUACUGAAGGGGAGAGACUGCAGGGACCGUGUGUGCGCGUGCCACGUGAGAAACUGCGAUGUGUGCGUGAGAACUGUGUGUGUCCCCACACAAGUGUGAGUUUGUGUUCCAGGAGGAGGCAGCAGUGUAUUGGGGGGAGGUGCAUUCUUCUAGCCCCUUGUAUCCCACAAGCAGCCCCAGCAUGGCCACCGCCCCUCACUCCUGCAGCCUCCAGCACACGCUCGCGUGAGCCUUCAUCCUGGGAGCAGCCCUUACAGAUACACUGGGGAACACACGCGUCCUCCUCCGGGGGCCAUACCAGCCCGUCCUCCUCCCCGGGCCAUACCUCUUGGAGCCUGAGUUCGCGGGGAAAACCGGGUGGGGUGGGGGCAGGACUCGAGCCAGGUCACCAAUGAAGCCGGUUCCCUCCCGGCACCUGCCUAGCCCCUUCCCCGCCAGGUCCCCAACGUCCGGUCCCCCCGGGCUGGCCUCCAUCCCGACUCCGGGCUGCGGGCAGUGGCGGGACCCCAGAAGAGAGGGGCCGGCGGGCAUGUAGGGGGCCGAGCCGAGAGGCUGGGACGGGCGGGAGGAGGGAGGCCCCGGGGGGAGGAGGGAGGAGGGCCGAGGGCGGCGAGCUGGAGCCGGCAGGCGGCGGGAGCCCGGGCGAGCCGCGUCGCUCGGGUGCGCGGUCUCCAUGGCAGUCCUGGGCGCAGUCCGAGUGAGUCCAGGAGGCUGAGCACCACCCCCAGGAUCCUUGGGGGCAUCCAGAAGACCUCAAGUGGUCAAGAACCAGAGGAAGAAGGGAGCUGGAAGUCCUGGUAUGAGGACCGGGGCUCCCCAGCCAGUUUCCUAGUGGGGGAGCUAUCAGCUUGUCUCUCCGUUAACGACAAGGAUACUUCUGGAAGGGCCCCACCCAAAAUGGAGGCUGAGGACCACCUCUGCUGACCCUCAGUCUCCUCCCCCGCCCUCCCGCCGGACCUCAGCUGGGUCAGUCAUGCAAUGCUGAGCAAGAGGGGUGGCCUAGGGGCGGCCCACUUCACUCUGGGGCAAGGAUUGUGGGCAUCAUGGGGGUGCGUGUGAGCGGGGCUCCUGGGUGAGACCCAGCCCCCACCCCCAGGAGUUCAAGGGGGGUGGGGGGACUGAGGAAGGAUGGCUCGGGGCGGGGUGGGGGCAGAGGAGGCCUCCCUCCGCUCGAACGCGCUGUCCUGGCUGGCCUGCGGGCUGCUGGCGCUGCUGGCCAACGCCUGGAUCAUCCUUAGCAUCUCGGCCAAGCAGCAGAAGCACAAGCCACUGGAACUGCUGCUCUGCUUCCUGGCGGGCACGCACAUCCUCAUGGCGGCCGUGCCCCUCACCACCUUCGCUGUGGUGCAGCUGCGGCGCCAGGCCUCCUCCGACUAUGACUGGAACGAGAGCAUCUGCAAGGUCUUCGUGUCCACCUACUACACGCUGGCCCUGGCCACCUGCUUUACCGUGGCCUCCCUCUCCUACCACCGCAUGUGGAUGGUGCGUUGGCCCGUCAACUACCGCCUCAGCAACGCCAAGAAGCAGGCACUGCACGCCGUCAUGGGCAUCUGGAUGGUCAGCUUCAUCCUCUCCACCCUGCCCUCCAUCGGCUGGCACAACAAUGGCGAGCGCUACUACGCCCGCGGCUGCCAGUUCAUUGUCUCCAAGAUCGGCCUGGGCUUUGGCGUCUGCUUCAGCCUCCUGCUGCUUGGGGGCAUCGUCAUGGGGCUGGUCUGUGUGGCCAUCACCUUCUACCAGACGCUGUGGGCCCGGCCCCGGAGGGCUCGGCAGGCCCGGAGAGCGGGGGGUGGGGGUGGAGCCAGGGGGGGUGGGCCAGGGGGCUUGGGUACCCGUCCAGCCUUCGAGGUGCCAGCCAUCGUGGUGGAGGAUGCCCGGGGGAAGCGGCGGUCCUCGCUGGACGGCUCUGAGUCGGCCAAGACAUCUCUGCAGGUCACCAACUUGGUCAGCGCCAUCGUCUUUCUCUAUGACUCCCUCACAGGGGUACCCAUCUUGGUGGUGAGUUUCUUCUCCCUGAAGUCGGACUCGGCUCCCCCCUGGAUGGUGCUCGCUGUGCUGUGGUGCUCCAUGGCACAGACGCUGCUGCUGCCGUCCUUCAUCUGGUCCUGCGAGCGCUACCGCGCCGACGUGCGCACGGUGUGGGAGCAGUGCGUGGCUAUCAUGUCCGAGGAAGACGGCGAAGACGAUGGGGGCUGUGAUGACUAUGUAGAUGGCCGAGUGUGCAAAGUUCGCUUUGAUGCCAACGGGGCCACAGGGCCAGGGGGCAGGGACCCCACCCAAGUAAAGUUGCUACCUGGACGGCACAUGCUCUUUCCCCCUCUCGAGAGGGUCCACUACUUACAGGUCCCUCUGUCCCGCCGUCUCUCCCACGAUGAGACCAACAUCUUCUCUACUCCUCGGGCACCAGGCUCCUUCCUGCACAAGUGGUCCUCCUCUGAUGACAUCCGGGUCCUUCCAGCCCAGAGCCGGGCCCUCGGGGGCCCCCCUGAACACCUGGGACCAAGGCAGAGGUUGGAGGACGAGGAGGAUGAGGAGGAGGCUGGAGGCGGGGGGCUGGCCACCCUCCGCCAGUUCCUGGAGGGUGGGGUUCUGGGCUCAGGUGGGGGACCCCCACGGGGUCCAGGCUUCUUCCGAGAGGAGAUCACCACCUUCAUCGACGAGACACCUCUGCCUUCUCCAGCCGCCUCGCCGGGGCCCUCUCCUCGCCGGCCCAGGCCUCUGGGGGUCUCACCCCGCCGACUCUCCUUGGGGUCCCCUGAUAGCCGAGCCAUUGGACUUCCUUUGGGGCUCAGUGCUGGGCGACGCUGCUCCCUGACAGGAGGCGAAGGGAGCACAAAAGCUUGGGGAGGAUCCUGGGGCCCAGGGAACCCCAUCUUCCCCCAGCUGACCCUGUGAGCCCAAGUGGGCCUGCUGAACUCAGAGAAGGGGGCCUGGGUGGGGAACACCUCUUUCCAUUCCUGAGCCUUCAGACUCUGGGGAGAUGGGCGGGAACCGGGGCCCAGGAACGCCGGCUGGCUCCCAUCCCAGUCACCAGAUACCUGCCUCACCUGCCAUCCUCCCUAGCAAAAUGUAUUAAAGUCGAAGUGUUACCAUGGAAA